UUGAAGACAUACAACGGCAGAGGUCAAUAAAGCUUCGGAGUAGCCAUCUCUCAUCACGGCAGAACGCUCGAACGAAGAGGUGGAGGAAGAAUAUGACUCGGAAACACCGUACGGCGACGAAUUAUCCUCGGAUAGUGACACUAGCUAUGACCGACGAGGAAGACAUGUUCAGCCUAAUGAGCAGUGUUCUUGAUCAACGGUCCACUUGGGGAAUCCCUGAGCCUUUUAUUGGAAUUAUCCCGCCAAAAACGGGGUUCGUUGGCCGAGUAGUGCUGAGUUGGCUUGAUGAAGAGCGCGCGGACCCUGACAUUCUACAGGUGGUUCGAUUUGCGUGUGGAGAUGAGACGCGUACACUCCUCGUCAGGAGUGUACGAUCUUACGGACCCAGUUAGUGUCUCAAAUUUGGGCAAUCAUCAUUAGCUUUCGCGCACAUGUCCAGGGAAUCAUGGCCCAAUGCAAAACCCCGACGUUCAAACAACCUUCUUAGAGAUCGGACAACAUCGACGUUGACACUU